GCGACGAUCCAGCCGAUGAGGAUGAUGAGCCAGAAGAUGACCUUGGAUGGCGGCGAAGCAAUAGAUUUGGAAGUGCGUGAAGAGGACGAAUAUGUUGAGCUGCGCGCGGAUGCAGACAAAACGAUGGCCGCUGAGCGCAAGCUAAAAACACAGGGUGGCAUACUGAAGCACAACAACGACGCCGCUGCUGGCGCGCAGGAGAACACCAAAAAGACUACAACAUUUCAAAAGCAUGCAGCGGGCACUUUUGCCGCGAACGGUUCUCGUUUGCCGCACUCGGCACCGGCAGGCGGUGCAGGCAUUGCGACAAAUGCCACCAAUGUCGGUACGCCCGAUACACCGCGUUCGCGUCAUGUAAAACGCGGAAAUGAUUCGUUAAAACGCGCGCGUUCCGUCGAAGCGCUACUCUGCGAACGCACGCCCUGGCAAUACGCGGCGCUCAAUCGCAGCAGCUAUCAGCCACAACGUUUUGCGGCCACUGGCAAUGCAAAUUACGCGCUGUCGCAGCCGACUUGCGUCACCAUCGAGGAUAAGAUAAAUAACGGACGUAGUCGCCUGCUACUCGGCACAGAUGUUAUGCCACCGAAGCGCUUGACCUCAGUCAUCGAUGAUACGGAACGACCGCCACCCGAUUUGGUCAAGCAAACGCUGAAGAAGUUCGAAGCCACUGCUAAUAGGCGUGGACGCGGCCCGAGUCGCACGAACGGAACCGGCGAGGUCGCCAGCAAGGUGGCCACCUACAAGACUAUCAUUAAGGAGAAUAAGCCUGCUAUUAUGUUUCCCAAACCACCGAUCAGCCCCACUAAGAAGCUGAAUGCGCCAGUGCUCACGAAGCCGGCAGCCAAGCCAGUAGUGGGCGCCGCUGAUUUGCUCAAUAGCCCGCUAGGGCGCAAGACCACUGCCGUCGCAGGCGUCAACACUGCGGCUGGAAAAACGUCGCCGGCGACCUCCAAUGCCGCCGCGGUUACCGGUGUGCUGUCUGCUAGUAGUAGCAAUAGCAGCGCAGUCGGCGUUGGCGGCUUAUCAGAGCACUCGCCCGAUAUCAUUCCAAGGCAUAAGCUUUUAACGGAAAAGAGCGAAUUAUUGGCGCACGGAGUUGUCGAUUCGCCAGUGACAGCUUUAACAAAAAAGCUCGAAAAGCUGCGAAUUGAAACGUCGGUGGAUAAACCAAAACAAGCAAUAACAACAAAGGAAACUAAACAGCCAACACAGUUGAAUAAGCAACAGCAGGCACACUCGGCACUCGAGCCAACCAACAGCGACAACGAAUUCGUCAAUAAUAGCGAGUUGAACAACGACGACAACAACACAAGCAACAGCUAUAGCAACAAGCUCGUGGGUGGUGGCGCUGUUGGCGAGGGUGAAGCGGCUGGCGAUAGUGACGCGGCCCUCGAAGGCAACGAAAAUAGCAACAGCAACUACAACAAGGCGAAACAGCAUAAUGAUCGUGCUGGUACUAGCGCAGCUAGCAGUAUUGGUAUUGGUAGCGUCAGCGGCGUUAACGAGUCAGUCGUAGAACCCGAUUCGGUGCUGGCAGGAACCGCCGCAAGUAGUAGUGAUCUUAGCGACGACGACGACGGACUGGUUGAUCGUAGUAUUGCCGCCGCCGCCGCACCCACAAAACGUAUAACGCGCACAGCACUCGAUAAUAUCGCACGCGCGGGCACCACACAACAAUUCAAAUUCGCUGGCAGCAGUGGACAAACGCAGCAAAAAACGCAAACGAAACAACAACAACUAAACUCUUCCAAUUUGAAUCCCGAUAUACCCAGUUCGGUAUUGAACGCCGCACCGGGUAAGCAAAUCGGGGUCAUACGCCCGCUACCUACCACCACAGCCGCACAACAGGCCGCCAACACCGCUAGUGCCACAAACUCCUCGAGUAUUUCCAAUCAACAGCAAUUGCUGCAACAACAUAUGGAAGCAUUGAAGCAGCAUAACGUUUAUAGCAGCAACUCCACGUCAACAACAACAACAGCCACACAUUCCUCAAUUUACCACCAAAGCACACCGUCGCUACCACAAUCGCAACAACAGCAGCUGACAAGCCGCGAAAUUGAAAAGAAUCGCAUAAAUGAAAUGAAGAAAACGGGCGCAUUAGCCGAUGGUGGUGGCCCAACGGCUGGUGGUGUGAUGGUCAGCGCGGGCGCCAGCGCCAAUGCCAAUUCACACGCCGCCGCAGCCGCCAAUGCUAGUCUAAAUACCGUGAUAAAUACCAAUGCGCCUGGCCACAAGUCCAACGCUGGUAUUGGAGCGGGCGCGGCCGCCGGUGCUGCGUCAUCAGCAUCAAGCACUUCCGGCUUUAAUGAGUUAGAUGCGGCAGCGCCAGGCGCUAAUAAUAGCCCCUUAUGGGCGUUACGCAUUAAACGACAGACACCAAGCGUCGCUGCACAGGAGAACACAUCGAUGGUAUUCAACUUCUCCAAUCGCAAAGAGGUGCCCGAUUAUAUCGAGAAUGAUGGGGUGAUCUUUCGCAGAAAACGUGAAUUACCCAAGCCAAAUGAAUCUGGUUUCGUGCUGCUCGGUGAUCUCUCAUUGGAAACUUCAACCGAUUCGGAUUAUGAUGAUUUCUCCAUGUGCCCACCAUCUCCCUGCGAUGUUGAAUUCGAAAAUGCUAAUAUUGUGAUCGAUGGAAAGUCAAGCAUUCGACAGAAGUCCAAAGAAGCAACGGUAAGUGGAAUAUAUAUAUAUACAUAUUUAAUAAAUUUACAGUCGUAGGGUUCGUUUAUCUCGCGCGCAACGUUGUUAAAUAUUUCAAGCGCACAAUUAAUUCAUUUAUCACAAUAAUCAUUAAGUGACACUCGAGAAAUAGCCGCUGCAGGCAAAGUGAAAAGAAGCGAAGCAAACGAGCAGAGGUCG